AUGACAAUAGACACAGCCACCAUGGAAGACAUCCAGGCCGAGGCCGAGGAGCUCCGUCUCCAACUCUCCUCCCUCCACUUCAACUCUGCAGCUCCACCUCUUAACCAAGACUUACAUAAUAAUAAUACUGAGAACAAUUUUGGUGAUGGCCAAGAAGUGUUCUACGACGACGACGGUUUGCUUUUCAAUAUUGGGUUCGGAAAUGUGAUCGUCGUUGAUAACCUUCCGAUUGUGAAGGCGGAGAUGGCCCAGCAGCUCGAAAGCGAAAUCCGACGAGUGUUUAGUGAAGUUGGUGUUAUUAAAGAAGAUGGGUUUUCGAUGCCUCUUAAUCCCCUGAACCAGAAAACCUUGGGUCGUUGUUUUAUAGAGUUCAGUUCUCGUCAGGAAGCUGAACUUGCUAGGGUCAGGAGAGAUGGAUACAACUUCAAUACACAAGCGCUGUCAGUAACCCUGUAUGAUGACUUGGACAGGUUCAUUGAUAUCAUUGAUGUGGGGACAACACCAGAAACUAAUCCAUCUGCUUGUUUGUCCUCAAGGUAUUCAGGGCCACCAUCCUUACUCAGUCCCGUGAAAGUGGAAGAUGAAGUACCUGGAGAAGAACGUCAAGAAGGCCAAGGCAGAGAACUGGGACAGCCAAAGGAGCAAGAUUUAGGGGAAGUCACUGCAUCAAUGGGAGUGAUGGGUUUUGGAGGGGAAUGA